GUUUUUUAUAGGUUUUGAGAAGGAGUUAUAGAAUCUUCCAGAAAAAUAACAAAUGACAACCAAAAUGGUUUCAUCUCAUCGAUUACUUACGUUGAUGGUGUUUGUUCUCCUCCUCAUACCUAUGAUUUCUGGAGGACAAAUUACAGAUAAAUGUACGGAGGGAUGUAGAAGCGAAAUGGCUUGCAAUUUACACUGCUUGAAUAGAGGCUUAGGGCAUUGUGAAAAAGCUAUACUUCACGGGGCUCCUGUAAUUUUUUGUUGCUGCAAUGAGUAUUCUAAUUCUCCCAUCUCCAGUCCGGUCAUGAAUGAUUGAUCUCUUAUUCUAUAUGUACUCUCGAUUAUUAAAACAUAUAUUUAAAUCUAAUAAUUGAUA